AUGCCACCGCCGCUCGCCUCACGUAAGAAGAAGAAGAACAGGUUCCUCCGGAAGACGCCGGAGAAUGGAGACUUUAAUCAGUACUGGUACUCGGCGCUGACCAUCGAGACGCUGGUGGGCGAGGCAGUGGCGCAUGGCACACGCAUCGCCUGCCUCUCCACGCCCUCGGUUUUCUUCUCGCUGCCCAAGGAGGUCCAGGCCCGUGCCACGCUCUUCGACUACGACCGCCAGUGGGACGAGCUCGACCAGUUUGUGUUCUACGACUACCGCGAGCCUGACGACUUUCCUGCCAAGCUAACCAACACGUACGACUUCGUCGUUGUUGACCCGCCUUUCAUCACUGCCGAGGUCUGGGAGCUCUACGCAGACGUCAUCAACCGCAUGGUGGUCGAAGGUGGCAAGAUCAUUUGUACCACUGUUUCGGAGAACGCAGACUUGCUUGAUGGCCUCGUCGGCGUCAAGCCCGUCCGCUUCAAGCCACUCAUCCCUCAGCUCGUCUACCAGUACUCCAUCUUUGCCAACUACACUUCGCCCGCUCUCGACUCGCCCAAUCCCGAGGUGCCCGACGACUCGGACGACGACGCAUGAGCUGACACCCACAUCGCUGCUCCCGCGCCGGCGACGAUCGAAGCGCUGGCCGGCUGGUGGCUGCCAUCCCUCUCUUUCUCCUCUCUCACGCUGCGAAACGUCUUGCAUCCGAUGAACACCCACCACCCGUCCA